AUGCCUUCUUACAAAGGAUCCUGUGCUUGCGGCGCCGUCAAGAUCGAGGCCGAGAUCGACGACCCGACGUCUGUCUUUAUCUGCCACUGCAACGCGUGCAAGAUUAGACACGGCCCCUUCAACUCUGUGAUUGUCAUCCCCGAGGACAAGUACAAGAUCGUCGAGGGCAAGGACAACCUCUCCGUCUGGGCCUACACCGCCGACUCCGGCAACCCGCUGCCCAAGUCCUUCUGCAAGACCUGCGGUGUCGCACUCUUCGCCACCGCCGUCCCGCUCCCGGGCAUGAUCAUCGCCACCGCGCCCACCUUCACCGAGGCCUGGAACUCGGGUGAGCUCCGUCCGUCGGCCCAGGCUGAUGUCGCGCAGAAGCUGUCCUGGAUUGACACUCUUGCUGAGUUGAAGGCCAUGUAG